AUGGGCUGUCUUGUUGGUCAUCUCGAUCCUCGUUGGGCUGGCACCUGUUCAGCCGACGUGGUUCCAAUCCUGCCGACACCAUUGCGUGAGCUUCACUCUCAGCUUCUCUUGCUCCACAAAUUACACCUUCGACGCGGUACUGGGGCGUUGACACGCAAUGACUUCUCCCAGCUUGUCGGCGAGGAGUUUGCAAGCUUCUUCGAUUUCACCGAGCAAUCACUGGACACGGCGUUGCGCUAUUUCAUGACCAAGCUUUCCCUAACCGGCGAGACGCAGGAACGCGAGCGCAUCUUCUUCCACUUCUCCCGACGCUACGUCGCCUGCAAUCCCGGCGCCUUCGUCUCCGACGCUUAUUACGUUGCCACCUGUUCGAACCGUCAAGCCCUCCACUUUCACACAAUCGAUUUUUUUUCGUCAGCCUCUUUGGUCGCCAUGUCAUUGUCCUUGGAUCGUCGUCUCGUCUGGUGGUUGCAUAACGCUUUCCGCUAUAAUCACGGUCCCCGGAAAUGCGGUGCUUUUAUUGUCUAUCCACGUGUCCACAAGGCUCUGGAGACACAAGUCCGUGUCGUGAAUUUCUCAUGUCCCACUUGGUUCGGGCAGGCUUUUCGCCAAGCCGAUGGGCUCUCAUCAUUGAGCUGCUCUCAUGACCUCGUUGAUGGGCCUGUGGAUCCUGGUGGCAAGGUGCGUUGUCCCUCGCGGGUUGAGUGGAAACACCUCAGGUUGUUUCCGCUUCAGCGGAAGCUCCCUCCUGCCUUUUGGUUGUGCCAGGCUUUUCGUGUUGGCAAAGUCCGCAGGCCUGAACGACCGCAGCAGCUCCGCAGAAGAAACAGACCUUUGUCGAAGUCAAGGGGCUGUCUCCCUGGCGAUCGACUGUUCUUCCAGGCAGUGAUGUACAAGCCUGAAAUUGGGCGCAUCUUUGUACCUCUGCCGCCGGGUCCUUUUGAGACGGUUUCUUCAUCGCCUCUCCUUCUUCUCCUCCUCCUCAUCCUCCUCCACAACUUCACCAUUACCUGA